AUGGGGCAGCAGAACCCUCCACAGGGAGGAUCGCGAAAGAUCUCCUUCAACGUGUCCGACCAAUAUGAGAUCCAGGAUGUCAUUGGCGAGGGUGCCUACGGUGUUGUCUGCUCUGCUAUUCACAAGCCCUCAAGCCAGAAAGUUGCUAUCAAGAAGAUCACACCGUUCGACCACUCCAUGUUCUGUCUGCGCACAUUGCGUGAGAUGAAGCUGUUGCGAUACUUUAACCAUGAAAACAUUAUCUCGAUCCUGGACAUCCAACGACCUCGCAACUACGAGGGGUUCAAUGAGGUGUAUUUGAUUCAAGAGCUGAUGGAGACCGACAUGCACCGAGUCAUUCGGACACAAGACCUGUCGGAUGACCACUGCCAAUACUUUAUUUACCAGACGCUGCGUGCGCUCAAGGCCAUGCACUCGGCCAACGUGCUCCACCGCGACUUGAAGCCCUCGAAUCUUCUGCUCAAUGCCAACUGCGAUUUGAAAGUGUGCGAUUUCGGCCUGGCGCGAUCGGCCGCGUCUACCGAUGACAAUUCUGGAUUCAUGACUGAAUACGUGGCCACGCGCUGGUACCGUGCGCCGGAAAUCAUGUUGACCUUCAAGGAAUACACCAAGGCUAUUGAUGUCUGGAGUGUUGGGUGCAUACUGGCCGAGAUGUUGAGCGGAAAGCCUUUGUUUCCCGGGAAGGAUUACCACCACCAGCUGACGCUCAUCCUGGAUGUCCUCGGCACCCCGACCAUGGAAGACUACUACGGCAUCAAGUCGCGACGCGCGCGCGAAUACAUCCGGUCUCUCCCCUUUAAGAAGAAGAUUCCCUUCCGGGCGAUGUUCCCCAAGAGCAACGAGCUGGCCCUGGACCUGCUCGAGAAGCUGCUGGCCUUUAACCCGGCCAAGCGCAUUUCCGUCGAGGACGCUCUGCGCCACCCGUACCUUGAGCCGUACCACGACCCGGACGAUGAGCCGACGGCGCCACCGAUCCCGGAAGGGUUCUUUGAUUUCGACAAGAACAAGGAUGCGCUGAGCAAGGAGCAGCUGAAGGUACUCAUCUUCGAGGAAAUCAUGCGGUAA